CGCAUCGGGAGACAUCGGACACGCGCUGACUUGUUCCAGACCGUGUACUAUGAUAUGUAGAAUGCAUGGACGGCGGGAGUGUGUGCGCGAGGGAAAGAGAGCGUGUGUGUGUGGUGUGUGGUGUGCGUGUGUCUGCAGCAGCACGCGCGCGCGGGCCGGCAGCAAAGGCACAUUUUUUUGUGCUGCCUCGAGCAUUCGCAGUGCGGUGAAUCGUCUGCGCGUAUACACUUGUUUGUCCAUCAUCAGUCGAGGGAGUCAGCGCGUAUAAAACGUUUUCGCGAGUAGAAUUCGCGCCUGUCCCGGGAGUGUCAGUCAGUACUUCGCCGACUGUAAACUAACGAUUUUGUGCAGCGGUUAACCGGAUAUUCCUGACGAGAGCCAGUUCUUCCUCGCCACCGCAUUCGUCCGUCCAUCGCAGCCGCUCCAACGCGUCGGCAGCGUCUCUUUUCCGAAGCGUCGAGCUCCCGGUGAAGAUGCCCGGCUCGGGGUCCGUCGUCAGAGCGCCGCCAGAACAGCCCAUACCGACACCCCGGAUAUACCACUACGCUUGAGAAGCGUACAUCCCUUUCAAAAGUCAUCCUUGACAGAAGCUCGAUAAGGAGCAGCAAGGGCAGGAGGAGUCGACAGGAAUCUCAAAGAUAUUUAGAGUAAAGCGCGAGAAUGCCGGCGAGCAAUCUUGCACGAGGGGCGCAGAUGGCGGGUGCGGCCGUUACUGGGACUCCGCCACCGGCGCAUUAUCUACACGAGCUGCCGGCUCAGGACGAGGAGAGGCUCGGAAGGCUAUUCAAGAAGCUGGAUCUCGAUGGAAACGGCAGGAUCGACGUGCACGAUCUGUCCAAGGCGCUUCACGAGGCUGGCGUUCACGAACGUUACGCCCAGGUGGUUUCGGGAACUUGGACUUGAAAAAUUUUUGGCUCGCUCCGAUCAAACAAAAAGCGGCGACAUCAGCUUGGCAGAAUUCAUCCAUUAUGUGCGAGAACAUGAAAAAAAUUUACGCCUGCAAUUUACCGACCUCGAUAAGAAUAAGGAUGGUAAAAUAGACUUAGAAGAGUUGAUAAAGGCAUUCAAAGAACUUGGCAUUGAAAUGGAAAGAGCAGAAGCAAAAAAAUUAUUACAAAGAAUGGACAAAGAUGGAAGCCUCAAUAUUAGUUUCAAUGAAUGGAGAGAUUUUUUGCUGUAUGCACCGACAACUGAUAUUCAUGAACUUAUUCAAUAUUGGCGACAUUCUACGUAUAUGGACAUUGGCGAGGACCUCGGCGUGCCAGAUGAUUUCACCAACAGCGAGAUGGUCUCGGGAAUGUGGUGGCGGCACCUGCUCGCCGGCGGCGUUGCCGGAGCCGUGUCGCGCACCUGUACGGCGCCACUCGACCGCAUCAAAGUCUACCUGCAGGUACAUGGUUCACGGUCUUGCAACAUCAUGAGCUGCGGCAAGUACAUGUUACGCGAGGGCGGCAUCAAAAGCUACUGGCGGGGCAACGGCAUAAACGUACUUAAGAUAGGGCCUGAGACGGCCCUCAAGUUCAUGGCCUACGAGCAAGUAAAACGAUAUAUCAAAGGUCAGGACACCCGGGAGUUGAACAUCUACGAGAGGUUCGUCGCGGGCUCGAUCGCCGGUGGUGUCAGUCAGUCCGCCAUUUAUCCGCUCGAGGUGCUGAAAACACGAUUGGCAUUGCGGAAAACGGGAGAAUUCAAAGGUGUAUUCGACGCUGCGCAGAAGAUAUACAAUCAAGCAGGCUUGAAAAGUUUUUACAGAGGCUACAUUCCCAAUCUCAUUGGAAUCCUGCCGUACGCGGGAAUCGAUUUGGCUGUGUACGAGACGUUAAAAAACAACUACAUACGCACGCACGCAAAGGACGAGACGCCGGCGAUUUGGCUGCUGAUCCUCUGCGGUACGGUGUCGAGCACCGCGGGCCAGGUCUGCUCGUACCCAUUGGCUCUAGUCAGGACGCGGCUGCAGGCCCAGGUCGCUCCGGUCAACGGACCCAUGAGUAUGGUCGGCAUAUUCUCGGACAUCUUCAAGAGAGAAGGCGUCCGGGGGCUCUACAGAGGUCUCACGCCCAAUUUCCUUAAGGUCGCACCAGCAGUAUCAACGAGUUAUGUCGUCUACGAGUACGUCCGAUCGGCGCUGGGAGUGAACAUGACGUGAUGAAGAUAUUAUCUAGGAUCUAUAAUUUUUAUUAAAUUAUUCCGUAAUUUUACGAUAGGAAUCUACAGUAAUAAUGCAAAACAAAACGCGUAUAAACAAAGUUAAAAACACGGACAAGCAGCAUCAGCAGACAACCGCGCGCGUGCAUGUCUUGACUUUGUUAUUAUAUGAACGAUAAUUGCGAUUUUACAGCGCGUCUCUCCUCUUUCUAAUUGAUACUAAUGUAACUCAAUUUAUUUAUUGUUACGCGACGUAUAAGAAAACUUUCUCGAGCCUUUGCGACUUCUUAUAACCGAUUAGGUACUAUAUAUUUUUGCAGAGAGCGUACAGAAGAAUCAUUCUGACUAUGACGAAAGAGAGAUUGUUCAAAGAGAGAGGGAGAGAAAGUGCUAAAGGUAAAAGGCGUAAGUAAGUAAAGCUAUCAAUCGUGUGUCUUUUGGGGUAGCUGGGAAAGUCUCCCCCGCGUUCAUCUAUGUUAUCGUUCGAUUUUAUAUGAUUUUCGCUCGCCUAGUAUUUUUUCCUACUGUGCAAUGUGUCCGUGGUUUUCUUAUUUUGAAGAAGCAAUUGCGACGAUAUAAAUUUUGAACGUAUUGGCACGAAUUUAGUGCGUGAGCUUGAAACGCUUAUUCGAACUGCACUUUUGUUCCUAGCUAUUCCAAAGGAGCGUGACAAAAAAGAGAGUUCGAACGAAAAGCGAAAGAGUAGUAGUUCAAAGUAAAUCCCGUACAGCAGGCUUGGAAGGGAUCGACUGAUUUUUCUCGACGGUCGAUAACGUUAUAAGUAGUACGAUCGAGUUAUACUUACACUGUGAUAAGUAUGAUUAUAAGAUUUAAACAAAAAUAAUGCAAACAGUUGGUGUGCAAUUCAACAAUCGAUGUCUCUCGCGCAUGUCGAAGAUGAGCAACGUUUUUAGGGCAUCAGUUCUUGAAUCGUGUGCGGAUUUAAUUAAAUAAGGAAGUUCUUUAGCCUCGUCAUAGUCCAAAAGAAAGAACGAUUAAAAAACUUGACCGUUUAAGGCUCUUUAAGUAAUGAAUAUUCGAUCGCGUUUAAUGCGCUCGUUAAUGCAACGCCAUUCAUUCCUUAGUUAAAAGAGAGGAAAAUCUUGUAAACCAAGUUCUUGUACAUUUUAGCUAGAAAAAUAUUUAUGUAAAACACGCGUCUUCGAAUCUCGCUUGUUUAGCCUUUUUGAUGUAAAAAGUGCGAAGCACUGUUCAGCGAAAAAGCCGACGAAGCUUUUGCGACGAUAAACACAACUUAUACAGAGUUUCAGUACUUGAGAUUGUACUGUAAAAAAGGCUACAAGGAAAGUUCUUUGAAGUGUUUGUUAUUAAUUAUUAUAACGAUGGUAAAAAAGGUGAAUUUUCAUAUUAUCGAUUAGUUAUGCGAACACGAAACGGUAUAUACAACAGAAAUAAUAAACUUUGAUCGCAAGUGUCUGAAAUCAAAGGAGCAGAUAUAACGUUUCCGUAUAUAUUGCGAAGACAGUUUUAGCUUGCAGGACUGAGGAGUUAUUAUACAUGACUUUAAGUGAAUUACAGCGAAAGCGAGUCGAUGACUUUUUCUAGUUCUUUUUUAUGGCUCUGUGUCUGAAUGUAUAUUAAUAGUUUUUUUCUAUGAAUAAAUGUAAUUUAUUGACUCAUCCACAAA